AGCCAUCGUAAAACAACAUGAAGAGACAGCGCCAUCUUUGAAUCCAGUUGUUCAAAGACGAGAUAAGAAAAAGAUGUCUUCUCUUAGUGCUGCGAUUCGUCCUCACAUCGAUCAAGAGAACGUACAACAGCCGCUAAACCUUAAAAAUGGAGCUCAAGGGCGAAGUUUUGGACCAGCAAAAACAUUCCAAGCCAACUCAAGCAAUGCCCCCAUGGCCACUCCACGAAGAGCACUUGGUGACUUGGGCAACACCCUUAAAACACCUGCCAACACUGGGAAAAAAAGCCUGGCUAUGAGACCCACUCAGACACAAAAUGCAAAGUCAUUAAAGACUCCUGGCUUGAGCAGGGUCUCUCAUGCCACACCAAGAGGGAAGGAUUUGCUUAAGACCAUAGGCUCAAUGUCAGUAAAAACAAACAAAAAGCAAUCCUUUCAGAUCAGCUCUGACACUGCUAAGAAAGCACCAACAAUUGACAAAGAACUAUUUGAAAAAGAAAAGAUGUUUGCCUUUGUGGAUAAAGAUAAAGAUUUACCACAAUCUUCUGCAGUCAGCCUCAUCCUUAAAAAUUUUGGUCGGCUGUAUGAAGGUUGUAUGUUCACGGGCGGAACACAUGACUUAGAUGAAGAAACUCCCAAAAUGGACCAUGCCCUACAGCCUUGGGAAAGGCCUUGUGAAGAGCAACCUUGCAGUCUAUUGCCGGCAUUUGAUGAUUACUCUGACCUGCUCGUUGAUGUAACUGAUGAUUGGCAAACCUUUGAUCUCCCCCCUGUGGACAUAGAUCUGUCUGGGCUGGAUCUACCAUGACAUAGAGUUAUAAUACCAUGAUGUAAAUAGAUGUAUAGCGUGUUAUAUUAGGAAGUAAUAUCAAAUAAACAACUCCUUUGUUAAGUCUUUAUAGCCAGCCAAAUUCAAAAAUAUGGUUUUGCUUAUGUCAUAUGCAACUCUUUUGCAAACUUAGCCAUGCAGUACAAGUCGUGAGUACUAAAUGUUGUUUUAAAUCUAUACUUUGAUUGUUAGCGCAUUACUACUCAAGGACGUUAUUUUCACUUAGAAUCACGGGCUGUAACUGUAAAUAAGAUAUUUUUUUUGAAUAAAUCAUUUUUAGAGACAUUGUAAUGAGGGGAGGAGAAGGGUGGAUGAUAAUGACAUUUUUUGUUAACAAGAAAACAGUUAUAUUCCUUCUGUAUAUAUAUAUUUUAGCAUUAUUAUAUGAAUAAAGUGUUAUUAUAAAUCUUG